ACCAUAUUCUCAACUUAAGGUGGUGUGUAAGUGUUCUUCAGCAGACUCUUCUUUCACUUUGUCUUUGAAGCUGUGAGACUUUCGAAAACGCUUCGAUAGCCCGUCCCCUGUCCUUCGCUUAUUGUCGACCCCUGCACCCAACAUGGACAUCUCCAACCUUCCUGAAGACAUCUUACCCAUCAUCCUCUCUUUCCUCUCUCCCCCAGAUUAUUUGGCUCUCUGCUGUACCUGUAAAUCAAUCUACACCAACUUUAGGCAAGACUCGGUGUACUGGCGCACCCUGACCUCAGACACAUUUCGACUCCCCAUCAGUCCCCUCCUCGCCGCCGACGGUCCUCGUUGGUACUGGCUGUAUAAGCGUCUCAAGACACAAACCCAGCUCUAUACCUGGGGUCAAGGUGUUUCAGGGAACUUGGGCCCUGGUAGAGCUCUUCCAAUCCAGAAUCGCGGCCCGCUAUUCCUCCCAGACGUUGUACCACGAGGCUUCCGAAGGCCCAUUCGACACCCUCCAGCUCAAGUCUUCCAGCGUACGAAUUCGAAUUGGCCAACAGAAACCCAUCUUCCCGAUGACGUGGGUGUCAUUGUGGACCUUCAAUGUGGAGGCUGGUCCACCACCAUUCUGACCUCUGACGGCAAGCUCUUCACCGCUGGCGCCAUCGAUUCCCGUGGGACCGACGCCGACGCCCAGCAUGGCGGCUUUGUACAACUCAAGUCUUCAGUACAAAGCACAUCGCCAAUUCGACAGUUUUCCUCUGGCCGAGGACACAUCCUCGGUCUAACCGAUGAUGGAGAUAUCGUAUCCUGGACUCAGAGUGGCUUGAACGGGCUCAAAGCCUUUUCUAGAACAGACCGAGACUUUGGAGGCAAAGCUACCCGCGUGGCAGCUGGCUGGGCACAGAGCUCUACCUAUGUGCCCACCGUUGGCAUCGUCUACUGGGAUCCUUUACGAAACCACCAGGCCCCCGGCGGAGCAGACGGCACACACGUCGAGGAAACAAUCAUCCCAGGCACCGCCCGCACCCAGACAGAGACCGGCACCGUGGAAGUCGUCAAACAUAUAGUCCUCGAGGAUUUCAUAGUCUACAUAACGAGUGACUCCAAGAUCUUUGCCUGGAACAUGAGCGUCCGGAAACCCAGCCAAUCUGAGCCAUCACACAUACCCUUUCCUGUACCCGGAUACACCGCUGAAGGCAGACAACUUAAAGACCUUCACGGCCAGUACAAGACAUUUGGCGUCUUCACAGCCGGGGGAGAAGUGCUCGCCGGCGACGCGGACUACCUGCGACGCUGUUAUAGCGCUGUUCGAAACGAUCCGGCAAUAUUGACAUCGAACGACUGGUCAACACUAACCACCAUCCUCUCAUCACGACCCCCAGACGUCCCAGCCCUCCAGCACUCAAACGUAAUUGGUCUAGCAUACGGAGACUACCACUAUCAUGCACUCCACGCAGACGGACGAAUCACUUCAUAUGGCCGUGAGUCACAGAGCUGCGGCCAACUGGGACUCGGCAGCGUGGAAACAGGAGCGCGAUUCCGCGGUCUAAACAAGGACAGAGCCGGACCACGCGCCGACGGCGAACUACUACCAAUAGCCAACCUUCGAGGCCGACAGAUCUGGUUUGAACCCGAACGCAAGGACUGGCUUGCAUGGCUGGAGGAACAACUCGAUAGUCCAACCCUCGCUACCAGCGGCCAUGCCGCGCGUAAUUCCUGGUUAAACCCUAUCCGACAAGCCAUCUUCAGCGAAUGGAUCGAACAGGAAGGACGACAUUGGGACGAAGGACCUCCGACCGACAUAUACACCACCACCUCAUCAUCAUCAAAAGAUCCAACCCCCCACCAUCACUCCACCGGCGACUAUGUACUAGGCGCAUACUUCCCCAUCGCCAUCGCCGCCGCCGGAUGGCAUAGCGGAGCAUUAGUGUUGAAAGAUCAAGAAAAGGCAGACGAAAUCCGUCGUAAGUGGGUCGUAUCGCAAGAUCAAGAUCAAGAGCAACAACGCAAGAUUCCAGGCGCAUUUGAAAGAAUAGAGGAGGGGGAGACAUACGCGUGGAAGUUACAUGGAUUUCCUAAGGUUACGCUUCCAAAUGGUAUAGAAAUGCCUGGUGUGGGUGAGCCUCGGCCUUGGAGGGAUGGUGUUCCCACCCUGGCGGAGUUGGGGUUUGAAUGAAUAUGAGGUUUGAUUUUUUCAGAGAUUAUGAUCUAUGACGAGAUAGGAGAGAUAAGAUCAUGGGGUGGAUUUGCAUCAUCACCAUCAUCAUCAUCAUAUUGCUGAUUUCAGCAGUUUCAUGACGGUAAAGAAAGCAAGCGGCGCAUGGUUGUUGUUUCCUCCAUGAUGUUACGGAAUGGUUAUGAUAUCAAGGUCAGACAGACCAGAUCAGAUCAGAUCAGACGCUAUGAUUAUCAAGUUUAGUUCUUCACCAUCCCAUCAAUCAGAACAAAACAAGGUUUUCAGAUUCGG